AUGAACCUGGAAGGCCUUGAGAUGAUUGCGGUGCUGGUAGUCUUGGUCCUCUUCAUCAAGGUGCUGGAGCAAUUUGGCCUCUUCGAGCCUGUGUCCUUGGAAGACAGUGUUGAGGAUGAGUUUGAGCUCUCUACCGUCUGCCACCGCCCUGAGGGGCUGGAGCAGCUCCAGGAGCAGACCAAGUUCACCCGCAAAGAGCUGCAGGUCCUGUACCGAGGCUUCAAGAAUGAGUGCCCAAGUGGCAUUGUCAAUGAAGAAAACUUCAAGCAGAUCUAUUCACAGUUCUUCCCUCAGGGAGACUCCAGCACAUAUGCCACCUUCCUCUUCAACGCCUUUGACACCGACCAUGAUGGCUCUGUCAGCUUUGAGGACUUUGUGUCUGGGCUGUCCAUCAUCCUGCGCGGCACCAUUGACGAUCGCCUGAACUGGGCCUUCAACCUCUAUGACCUGAACAAAGAUGGCUGCAUCACCAAAGAGGAAAUGUUGGAUAUCAUGAAGUCCAUCUACGACAUGAUGGGCAAAUACACCUACCCGGCCAUGCGGGAGGAAGCACCCCGGGAGCAUGUGGAGAACUUCUUCCAAAAAAUGGACCGGAACAAGGAUGGCGUGGUGACAAUCGAGGAGUUCCUGGAGUCCUGUCAGAAGGACGAGAAUAUCAUGCGGUCCAUGCAGCUGUUCGACAGUGUGAUUUAG